AUGAGUCUACUGAGAGCACAAGACAUCUUUCCCAACAAAAAAGGCGAAAAUAGACAACCAACUGAUAACGAUGAUAGCGAAAGAGGAGAGGAACAGAAAUUGGGCAAAUUCGUGGCUUUGUUAUGCCCUUCGUACAGGUUGCCAACAAGAAAGACAUUGUCCGAUAAACUAUACGUCCAAGGGACGUCAUCGCAUUAUAUUGAUGUUAAUAAUGCAAGACUCUGCUCCAAUCUGCUUUGUGGCAUUGAGUUUGGAGAGCGUCAUACAAGUGGGAGUGAAUGCAACUCCUUAAAAGAACAAAUUUCCAAAUGGAAAAUUGAGCACAAAGUUGGCGCAGUUGUCAGCGAUAAAGCUUCAAAUGUCAUUGCGGCAAUGCAGUUUAUAGGUCCACGUUAUCGUCGUCCAAAGAAACCAAAAGACAAGACUCAAGUCGAUGAAAAGAGACCUCGCACAGCGUUCUCCGGUGAACAAUUAGCAAGAUUGAAACGUGAAUUCAAUGAAAACCGCUACCUAACCGAACGUAGACGCCAACAAUUGAGCUCCGAAUUGGGUCUAAAUGAGGCACAAAUUAAAAUUUGGUUCCAAAAUAAACGCGCUAAAAUUAAGAAAUCAACAGGAUCGAAAAAUCCUUUGGCAUUGCAAUUGAUGGCUCAAGGUCUUUACAAUCAUACAACAGUUCCUUUGACAAAAGAAGAAGAGGAAUUGGAAAUGCGAAUGAAUGGACAAUUGUAUGAUGGAUAAAUAAAAUAUUAACAACAAAUAAAAGAACGAACAAAAGUAGAAGAAAAACAAUCCUGAUCCUUGUGCAAUAUUUAUUUAAACAAAUUUUAUUUAAUAUUCUUUUUUCAUAUCAUGAUCAAAAAUUGUACAUAAACCUUAAAAAAAGGACAUUUUGAAAAAAAAGAAAACAUUUCCAAAAAAAUAUAUGAAAAACAUCAUCGCAUCCAUCAAUGAGACUAUUAAUUUUAUUUAUUUAUCAUUUAUUAUGUUUUGUAAAGAAAAAUUAUUUAAUAAAAUAAAAUAUCUACAUAUUUUCAAAUAUAAAUACAAAUUUAAAAAAAAAACUUGUGAUAUUAACGACAUAAUGCUACAUUUUAAUUAUUAUAUAUAUUUUUUUCUUCUUUAAAU